AUGAAUGGAAGUGAAUUCGAAGAACUCAAAAAUGGUCCUAAAACAGGGGAUAACAGUGACUGUAGUAAUAAGGAUAACUGCAUUGCUCAAAGAGGCGUUUGCAGGAAUUCGACAGCCUUCUAUUCUGUUAGAUGGAUUCCAAGAUUAGAUCCAUUAUUUUCAACUGGAAGCUUUACCUACUUUUUACAACCAGUUGGUGAUGUAAAUGGUAUACAUGCUGUAGCUAGUAUGAACGAGACAUUCAAACUUCUGAUUAAAGAAAUAGAAUUGCGCUUUCCUGUAGUGGAUAAACGGCUAGAAUAUAUUUGCUACAAGAAAGUUAAACUUCAAAAGGCAGAAGAAUGGCAGAUUGUGGACGAUAAUUACAUCAAGGAUACCAACCAUCAAAAUUUCACCCAUCUCUUCACUUUCCAUAUUAUGCCAGUAAAGGCGAUGCGUCAAAGCUUCCAGGAUAUUUAUGGAAAUUGUGAUAAGCAUCCAGAAAAUCCGGGUUGUGAUAAGGAUGCAAGCAUGCAGAAAUGUGACAGAAUAUUCAUUCGAUUCGACAAAGAAUACUUCAGAAUGCUUGUUCCUGUGCAAACUAGUACAACGACUCAAUCUACGAAAGGAGAAAGCACUACAGGGGAAGAAACAGAUGAUUAUGAAGUGACUACAAGAAGGGGCUUCACAAAAUAUCCAAAGACUUCAGAAUUGGGAACGUUUGCUAUUGUUUUAAUUACUCUUGGAAUUUUGAUAUGUAUUACAAUAUUCAUCGGCAUUCUAAUAUUCUUCGUGUUUUGUGUGUUCUGUGGCAAGGAUGAAAAGAAAAAUAAGCCAAAUGAAGAAGAACAGUCUCCUUAUUCACCUAUUACAGAAACUAAUAAAGACUUUGCUAUUGGAGAGAAAGGAGUUCAUUCAAAGGGAGAUUCGAAGAAUUCAAAGGGAGAGUCUUCUACAGUUGUUGAAACACAAAUUGACCCUACAGAAUCGUUGAAUAAUCCAUCUACUGUUGUUGGUACACAAUUAGAUUUUGAUGUUAAAGCUGGUGCUGAAGUUCCCGAUAGUAUUAUGUAUUAGAAGGAUGUAAAGGAAUAAAUAUAUUUUUUGAUAGAAGACUUUUUUGUGAUAUUAGUGGAUUUUGUAUCAAUUAUUCUAGGUGUUAUUAAAGUAUGCUUUUUAUUAUUUCAAUGUGAAUCUGUUUCUUUUUUUAUUUUAUUUACCGUAUUAUCUCUAAUAGAAUGGC